AUGUCUAAAGUUGAUGAAGAAGCGAUUGUUCCUGAAAACGGAGAGUCAAUCGAGAUAAGUGAAGAGUUAGACUACGAGUCAGAUGUAAGUUUGGAUGAAGAAGAUGAAGAAUUGAUCGGUAGAAUAUUUUAUGGGAAUUUACCCCAAUCAUUAGAGAACGAUGACGAAUUGAGAAUAACAGAGGAUGAAGAAGAAUUGUCAGAUAUAACGGACUUGGAAGAUAUCGAAGAUGAAGAGUUGGUGCAGAAGUACAAAAAACUUAAAUCAUUGAAAGUUGACAAGAACUUGACCGAAGAAGAAAGAAAAAGACUUAUGAUGAUGAAUUUCACAGAAGAUCAAAUGGAUAGAUUUGAAGCAUAUAGAAGAACAACCAUUAACAAACCAGGAGUGAAAAAAAUAUGUAACGCAGUUCUUGGGCACUCGAUACCGCAAAAUAUAUCUGUUAUAUUAGCAGGGUUGUCGAAGCUGUAUUUAAGUGAAAUCAUUACCAAAGCAUAUGAGGUUCAAGAGAAAGAAUUCAAAUCCAAAUUGAUUGAGGAUAUAGAAAUCAAAAAGAACAACAAAAGGAAAAUUAUCAACGGAUUGAGCGGUCAGAAUGAAAUAGAAAUUGACAAUAUAAAGUUAUCAUAUCAAGGUGAUUACUCCCAAUCGUUACAGCCACAACACAUAAGAGAAGCCAUAAGGUUGUUCAAAUUAGAGAAUUCAGGGUAUUUUAAUGAUACUUGGCGUGCGGAAGGUGAAGCUGAUGGAAAGUUCUUCAGAUGA